AGCUGGGGAUUCAACACAGGAGAAACAGGCAAUCACUUUGUCUGAGCCCCGGUCUGAAUCUGAACCUUCCCUGCUGGGGCACCGGAGUCAGAAGCCGAUUCCAGCUGCCUCCUCGGACACCUGCCAGGGGCUUUCCCUAACGGAGCGCGCCAUUGAUGGACUGGAUGAAAUCUAGAGUUGGGGUCCUGGGACUGUGGGUCCGUCUGCUGCUGGCUGUCUUCCUGCUGGGGGUCUACCGGGCAUACCCCAUCCCUGAUUCCAGCCCCCUCCUCCAGUUUGGGGGUCAAGUCCGGCAGAGGUACCUCUACACGGAUGAUGACCAGGACACUGAAGCCCACCUGGAGAUCAGGGAGGAUGGAACAGUGGUAGGCGUAGCACACCGCAGCCCAGAAAGUCUCCUGGAGCUCAAAGCCUUGAAGCCAGGGGUCAUUCAAAUCCUGGGUGUCAAAGCAUCUAGGUUUCUUUGCCAACAGCCAGACGGAACUCUAUACGGAUCGCCUCACUUUGAUCCUGAGGCCUGCAGCUUCAGGGAGCUGCUGCUUGCGGACGGAUACAACGUGUACCAGUCUGAAGCCCACGGCCUGCCCCUGCGCCUGCCCCUGCGCCUGCCCCAGAAGGACUCCCCAAACCAGGAUCCCACAUCCUGGGGACCUGUGCGCUUUCUGCCCAUGCCAGGCCUGCUCCACGAGCCCCAGGACCAACCAGGAUUCCUGCCGCCAGAGCCCCCGGAUGUGGGCUCCUCCGACCCCCUGAGCAUGGUAGAGCCUUUGCAGGGCCGAAGCCCCAGCUAUGCAUCCUGAGUCCUCCCGGUUCUAGCGAUGUUUCUUCUUGGGUUUCCUCUUAUUUAUUAUGGGUAUUUAUCUUAUUUAUUUAUUUUAAAUUUUUUUCUUACUUGGAAUA